AUGAACCAAAACUCUACUGCAUUACCAAAGUGCAACAACACAUACGCAAGUAUAGUGAAAGAAGUAUUACCCUUGCCAUCUACUCGCCCAUAUAAUAAUUUUAGUCGAAGUAGGUCACGCAGUAAACAUUUAACACAUGUCAAAAGCCGAGAUCGAGAGCCGUCUAGAAUUCCUGUUAAAAAGUUAGUUCAUUUGAUGAGCAAAAAUAGAAAACGUAGGCGUGUAAUAAAACGGUUUAUUAAGCAGUGUAUUCCUAAAUCAUCUCGCUUUCACAAUUUGCUUUCCACAAGAUACCGAAAAGAUAUAAUUCAGCAACAAACAAAUGCAUAUAUGUGGAAAUUUAGGAAGCCGUUUCAUGCUAAGUCUAAGAGAAUACGAAGAGUUGUACAUAAACAAUUGUCAAUGAUCAUGCACAACUUGGCAAUUCUGAAAAACAGUACAAAGCGUGCUAGAACUAGAAAACAUAAAUUGUUUAAGUCAUACAGCGUUAAAGUUGUGGGCAGUAGUAAAUGUAAUAUGCAAAGAAUAAAGACAUCUGACAGAAAUUUCUUAUUUAUGUCUGGUGAUGCAGAGUUAAACCCAGGUCCCGUAAGUAUUUCAAAUAUGUCAGUAUUGACCAGAAGACUAGCUCGAAUAGGACGAAAGCCAGUAAACAUUGUCGGUGAUGGUAACCGUUUAUUUCAUAGUGUAAGUCAUCAGCUUUACAGAACAGAAAGUCGUCAUGCCCAAAUAAGAGCUCUUGCAAUCCAACAUUUAAUAAACUGCCCAGAACAUUUCAUAGAGUCUAAUACUGAACAAUCAUGGUCGCAUUAUUUACAGAAUAUGUCAAGGCUAGGCUCAUGGGCAGACUAUAUUAUCAUACAGGCAGUUGCGAAUGCAAAUAAUUUAAGAAUUCACAUCACAGAAAGUGCACAAAAUUUUACUGAAACUACAGUUGUAACCUCCAUUUAUGCUCAGGGAAAUGUAAGAGAUAUUUAUAUCGGGCAUCUUGACGAAUUGCAUUAUGUUUCUGCAACGCCAAUUGAACAAUCUGCUUCUGAACAAAUUGGAAAUCAGACCGCAACUGAUAAACAAAAACCAAACACACAAAAUUCGCAAUCUAAUAGUAAUAAAAACUCUGUCUCGAAAAGAAAAGAAUAUAUGAAGGAAUACAUGAAAAAAAGAAGGUCGAACAACAAAUUUAAAAAAAAAGAAAGCGAGAGAAAUAAGUCAUAUAAUAAGAAAUACAAAAACUCGAAUUUUGAGAAAAUUAAGGAAUCUUGGAAAACAGCCAGUGCAACAUAAAGGCAAUCAAAUCCUGAAAAAGUAAAAGAGAGUUUUAAGACAGCCACUGCAACAUACAGACAAUCAAAUCCUGAAAAAGUAAAAGAGAAUUUUAAGACAGCCACUGCAACAUACAGACAAUCAAAUCCUGAAAAAGUAAAAGAGAAUUUUAAGACAGCCACUGCAACAUACAGACAAUCAAAUCCUGAAAAAGUAAAAGAGACUUUUAAAACAGCAAGUAUAACAUACAGACAAUCAAAUCCUGAAAAAGUAAAAGAAUCGAAUAAAACAGCCACUGCAACAUACAGGCAAUCAAAUCCUGAAAAAGUAAAAGAGACUUUUAAGACAGCAAGUACAACAUACAGACAAUUAAAUCCUGAAAAAGUAAAAGAAUCGAAUAAAACAGCCACUGCAACAUACAGGCAAUCAAAUCCUGAAAAAGUAAAAGAGACUUUUAAGACAGCAAGUACAACAUACAGACAAUUAAAUCCUGAAAAAGUAAAAGAAUCGAAUAAAACAGCCAUUGCAACAUACAGAAAAUUAAAUCUUAAAAAGGUCGCGGAAUUGUCAAAUAUUAUGUACAAGCAGAACUAUUCGGAAAGAGUUAAAGACACUCAAAAAAGGCAAUAUAUUAAAAGAAAGUUAGAUUGUAGUGAAAAUGGAACUAAGAUGGUUAAAUACAAGAAAGUAGAAGAUAAUUCAAAUGACAAUUCAUGUGAAGCUCUGCAGAUACCUGGUAACUCUGAUGAUUCAAGAAAACAAAUCGACGUAACAAAGGCAACUGAGUUAUUUCAUAAGAACAUUAGUGUUGGGCCAGAAUAUAUUUGCACCUGUUGUGACCAAUUAUGGUAUAGAUCAUCUGUCACUGAGUGCAAUGUUUCUUUAUAUAAAUCUUGUUCAAAAGAAAUCCUUAAUAUAUGUCCUACUGGUCUGAAGAGCAUUGAUAACACUGAAUGGAUAUGUGGUACAUGUCACUCAAACUUAAAAGUUGGUAAACUUCCAAGUUGCUCAAAAGCAAACAAAAUGACUUUCCCCGAAAAGCCCGAGGUCUUAAAGUUCUGUUAA